AUGGAUGUGAAAACUCUGGAGCUCAGUUCUUCAGUCUAUGCACCACCUGCGAGAAAUUGCAGUGGUGGAGAUACCAGCACCUGUGAUACGGUGACCAACGUUUUCUAUGUGGACUUCUACCUCCACCAGCCUCUGGUAGCCGCAGUCUUCAUCAUAUCCUAUCUUUUCAUUUUCCUCCCGUGCAUGAUCGGCAAUGGAGUGGUGUGCUUUAUCAUCCUGCGCAACAAGCACAUGCGCACCGUCACCAAUCUCUUCAUCCUGAAUCUUGCCGUCAGCGAUCUGCUGGUGGGGAUAUUUUGCAUGCCCACCACCUUGCUGGAUAGCAUCAUAUCUGGAUGGCCCUUUGGCAAUAUUGUCUGCAAGAUGAAUGGGAUGGUCCAGGGAAUAUCGGUCUCGGCUUCUGUCUUCACUUUGGUGGCCAUUGCAGUGGACAGGUUCCGCUCCAUUGUUUAUCCAUUUAAGCAGAAGCUCACUCUGUGGACAGCCGUGGUGAUCAUAAUCGUCAUCUGGGUUCUGGCGGUUGCCAUCAUGUGUCCGUCGGCAGUGAUGCUGAAGGUGGAAGAAGAAGAGAAUUAUAGAGUGGUGCUUGGAUACGGCAACAAAACCAGCCCUGUCUACUGGUGCCGGGAGGCCUGGCCCAACCAGGACAUGCGGAAGAUCUACACCACGGUCCUCUUUGCCAACAUCUACCUGGCUCCUCUUUCUCUCAUUGUCAUCAUGUAUGCUCGGAUAGGGAUCACUCUUUUCAACAUCGCCACACCUGCCUGUGGGAAGCAAGGCCAAGAACGCCACUCUGUCUACAAGAAGAAGCUGAAGGUCAUCAAGAUGCUGAUCAUUGUGGCACUGCUCUUCAUCCUCUCGUGGCUGCCUUUGUGGACCUUGGCCAUGCUCUCGGACUAUGCUGAGCUGAGCGAAAGACAGCUGUACAUCAUCAAUAUCUACGUCUACCCUUUUGCUCAUUGGUUAGCCUUCUUCAACAGCAGCGUCAACCCCAUCAUUUAUGGCUUCUUCAAUGAAAACUUCCGCCGAGGUUUCCAGGCAGCCUUCCGGCUUCAGCUUUGCUUGGGGGAUGUCAUGCUGCGGGAAACGUAUUCCCAACGGGGAAAAAGCAAUGCUGUUCUACCAGCAGCUCCCCCCCAGCAGCCAGGCCAUCGUCUGACAUCAGCUGUGGCAGGGAGGUCAGCUCAGAAGGGAAACUGGGCAGACAAAACACAAGUUUUGGUGAUGGAGACUCUGGAUAAAACCUCUAACAAUGGCAUGAAACUAGACUUGGUGUAA